CUCCCCUCCGGACACACGUCGGACUGAGCGGCUGCCGCGUGACGACGAGCACGCUUCGACAUAAUAUUGCUACUUUUUUUUUAUUGGUUGCGUGCGUGUGUGUGUGUCUGCACGCGCGCCCGCACGCUCGCUGAGCGUGUUACGCGCUCGGUGCUGAUUGCGGCAUAGACUCGUCUCUCUUUCGGACCUUUUCUUUUUUUUUUCUUCUUCUUCUUCUCCAUUGACCGGCCCCUGGUUUCGUGUCUUGGCGUGUGCUUACCUUGCCAGCGUCAACCGGAGUCGCUACACACCUGCGAGGAGCAAGGCAGGAGACCCGUCGCCAAGCCUGAACACCCCAGGGGGGAAAUAACCGGUGCGUGCCUCCUAUUCCGAGCACCGCUGAGUCGCAUGGCCGGACCGUCGUCGGGGACGAGCGGCCUGCAGCUGCUGCUGCCCCUGGUGCUGCUGGCGGCUGCGGCACCGUCGCGGGCGCAGUCGGCCGACCAGGAGUGGCAGCGACGCGUGCUCGAGCGGCGCCAGGUCGAGCAGCUUCCCCCGGCCGCCAUGCCCGAGCCCUCGUGCGCCCAGCUCAGGCUCAUGUGGCGCCAGAUGCACCGCAUGGCUCGACACAGCCAGCUCACCAACGAGAUACCGCAGUUCCCAGCCUCCUACCCAUUCGGUUACGUGUCGCCCGACGACAAGGCGCUCAUGUUCUGGACGCCAGCGUCGUUCGGCAAAGUUGUGCGCCAGCCCGGCCAGAAGCCUGUGAGCGUGGUCAAUCCCGGCCGGCCAUCCGUGGCGGGCCGCUUCGCCCAAACGCCCCUGCCUCGCUCCGCGCUCGGUUCGUCGUACGGCACCGUGGUGCGCAGCCCGAGCGAGAAAGCCGCGUUGCGACGCCAGAUGGCCGCCGCCACCGGUUCCUGGGGACCAUUCACACCUCCUGACCGCGGUUCGGACGCUGGAGUCGUGUCCAAGACCAGGGUUCUCUACCGCAGCGAACAGGAGCGUUGCGGCCGCAGCGUGAUGGGCCGCACCUGCCACUCGCACGACGACUGUUUCUGCCCGGGGCUCAAGUUCUUCUGCUCGGCCGGAAGGUGUCGCUCGCCGGCCUCCAGGAAAGCCUCCAAGGACCAGUGGGGCACGUGGUACAGCGGCCCCCUGGAGGUCUCCAGACUGGGCAUGAUGGGAAAGGCAAGGAACCGACCCGGACCAGCGACUUCCAAUGACGUCUGAACACAGGGCUACUAAUCAAGGAGCCGCCGCCAGCGCCGCCAUUGUUCUUCCGCGAGCUACUUCCUCGCCGAUCCUAUGGAUAGAAAGAGAGGGAGAGACCGCCAUCAUUGCCCCCCUCCCGAACAACCCCAAGUAUUCUUUUUCGAAGGACUGACUGCUCAAGGGUGCUCCCUUGCCCAUACAGGGCCGUUCGCGCUUACUGAGCUCUGCUGCAAGACAGGGCUUUCUCGCCUGCGAGUCUUGGUUAAAACGAUAAGACCAUUCUCGCCAUGUUCAAGAACGGCCAGUAUAGAACUGCAUCACCUUUCCCACAACGGUUUACUUGGCUUCAUUUGCUGCAUGGAUGGCUUGCGCAGAAAGCAAGAGCUUCGCCUGGCGGGUUCUGCAGAGCACUUUAUCUUUGAGUGAUGGGCUAUUUUGAAAAGAAAUGUGAUUAGCAAGACCCUUUCCCCAUUGUUGCAAACAAUGGCGCUGAACCCUUGCACUUGCUCACGUCUGGAUGGCUAGGUACACAGGUUGGGUUAGCUGCAGAACCAGAUGAAGAUGUUGAAAGCAACACAUGACUGUUUUGUUGUUUGUAAAUUGGCGGUGUCAGUGUGCAAUGUACAAUGCCGUAUCAAAUGUGAAAGGAGACACAUAUCAGCGGAGCAAAGCACCUGAAAAAAUUGCCUGCAAAAGUGCGAGUGUCUAUAUAGGUACUCAGCGGUGGUCCGAACCUAUGCCUUCUGUGCUGCACUCGAACUGCGCUGACUUUUCCACAUGAAACGUGGAGCGAAUUUCCCAAAGUCGUCACACUUUUCGACGUUGUUCUCCAGACAGGCAUCUCUGCUCUUCUGCAGGUAUGCUGUGGCCAAGCGAGUACAACUAUACCUCGGCCAAUUAGCAACCAGACCAGGCAAAAGAGUAAGAGCAGUCUGCAAUACCUUUUGCAGGCACUGCCAAGUCACCAACAGCAGCUUAAUUACCAUAGAAAAACACCCGUGCAGUCUGCCAGUGUUCGCUUACAGGCUCAAAACAUGGAGACAGAAGGAAACCUGGAGGAAGGUGGGCACAGCAAAAGGAGCAAUGGAAAGAAAAUGUACAGAAAGCCAAUGCGAACACACUGUGUCCUAGCUUAAAUUAAGAAGUGGCGUCGGGCAGGCCACUUAUUGCAUAGAGCUUAAAACUGAGAGUAAGCAUAGAAUUGAAAACUGGUACUAACAGGAGUUGUAAGGAAAGGAGAUGGAGCCAGGGGCAACAGAAUGACUGGCGAGACGAAAUAUGUCAAAUUAGCAAGCCACAAAAGUUGCUGGAUGCGUUUCAGUGGUAGUGGAGCCAGCACCUUUCAAGGAAUGUUUUGAACCUAAUCUAAGUUUCCGAAGGUGUGCCUCGCCGGCCAGUCUGUUUGUUUGGAUUGAAUGCACAGGUCACAGGAGUACUGAAAUCAUGUCUUUCAGAUAUGGAAGCUAAAACCUUGUACGACAUAAGCACAUCUUUGAUAUAAUAGCCAUUCGAAACACUACUCUACUGGCAUUCUGCCAAGUCGGGUCAAAUUGGCAGAGCCUGUCGCCAUACUUUGGAUGCCGUAUUGAGGAUCCCUGUUACUGCCACUGUCACAUAAAAAGGGACUCAUCCAACCUUACUGUGCUACUUUUUCUUGCUCUUCAACAUCCACGUUAUGCAUGCACUGUGACAUUGCCGCCACUAGCUCCGCCAUCAGUGGUAGAACAGGUUCGACCUCAACAGUAGAAAUAAAAGCACAUAGCAACUACAGGAGCCAUACAUGCCAGAUGAAGACACUCCGGACACAUAGGCAAAAUUUCAGCAUAUUUGUACCAGGACAAAAGAUUGCAGAGUUUUAGGAUAGCCGGUAGAUAUGUACACCAUAUCACAAAAAAGCAAGGGCAGUCAGCCAUCAACAGUAGCUGCCGACUGGUCCUUUCUUUUUUUUUUUUGAUGUGUAGGAAUAUCCGUGAUGGAGUGUAGUAGUGUAGGAAGGGAACAGUAGCACGAACAAUGACCUCUUAUGAAGCUGUGGUCAACUAUUACGUGCUAUAAAUUUUUCCAUGAUGCACGACUAAUCUUUCAAAAAUAAAAGAUGUAAAACUACCUUUGUGAUCAUUAUGUCAAUGCCGACUUAUACGCCAGUAGAUAAAUGAAGUACUCAGUGCAAUUAUGUGCUGUUCUGUUAAAUAUUGUGUCACAAGAUGGCACCACCAGCAUUGCUGCUCUUUCGCCACAUGUCACGAUUGUAGGCCACCGCUUUGCUAAAACCCGCGAUUCGUGAGCAGUGAUGCAAGUAUCGAUACACAGCUUGACAGCAACUAGUAGGGAAGUUCUUCAGCAUGUUUACCCAGUACGAGACCAGAGAUAAAGAAGCGAUGAAGAAGGCAACGAAUGUGCGAAGCAACAGCUGAUGGAAGGUAACAUACACAAAGGUCAAAUGGAUAGACAAACUUUUGCUCAGAAGUACCAAAAAACGGCGGAAAAAUCUAUACAUGAAGCAGACUUUUGCCUUCACCAUUUUUCUUAAAUGAGUUAGGCGACAUGUUGUAGGGUUUCUUAUAUCUCCAGCAUCGUUUGUGUGCCAAAGAUGGUGCUGGUUCAACUGGAAUGGAAUUUGAGUCCCAGAAGGUGGCGACCUGUGGGUGUUCAGUUAGUGCUCAGUGUCAAGUACCAGUUUUUAUUUUCAGUCAUGCCGGCAUGGCAUCAAUUUCAGCAAAUCGGUUCGAGUGCAGCCCAGACAGGUAUUGAGCCAAUGGUGCCCCGGAUGAUGAAUGCUCUGUGCCGGGAUCUUGAGUGAAAGUUUAGUACAGUAGAACCUCGGUAUAAUGAAGCCGCAAUCAAUACGAAAAUACUUAGAGCUGAUUUUGGCGAAAUUCGCAAAGUUUAGAUUUACUUCGUUAUACUGAACAAUUCUUCAUUUCCACGCUCACUAUAUAUUGGUUCUACUUUAUACCAGGGUGGUUACGAAGGAAACUUCUGGAGUUGCAGGCGCAGAAGGCGCCCGAGAGAAAACGGUCACGCUUGUGAGUGGCCGUGCAGAGUUUGAGUACCUCUGGCUUUUCUAAAUGUGUGAUUAAAAAAAUUAAAACAUUCUCUGUAGCCGGCUGAACCACUUAUCCUGGCUUAAAAGUAAUCACUGUGAUCAAUAACAUAAUUUGCGAUGUACUCUUGUCACUGGAAAACUUGUGAAAAAACAAUGACAUCUGUCAAGCUAGUUUGCCGACGGUGAGAGUGGAUACAGUGGAUGCUUCCCGUGGGCUGCCACUGCUUCGAUGUCCAUGGUAAUAGGAUGGCAUGUGCGGUUCAGGACAUCACCUACACUCCAGAGGUGACUCCUUUUUUUUUUCUCUUUUAUUUCCUCGAAGUUGAUCGGUAGUCUGCUCUUGGUACAGUACCCAGUAUGGACUGGAAGCCAUUGUAUAGACACAGGGCUGCCUGCAAGACAUUUGGGUAUGCACAACAAUGCUGAGCGUUUGCAGGCAGCCGUCACACCACUCAUAUGGAAGCAAUGCAUUGUUGUUAGUCCAAAUAGAUGUUCAUCGCCAUUGAGAUGCACUAUAGUUUCAAAUGAAGUUGUGUUGAUUCGUCUUUAUUUUCUUGCACUAGUCUGACCCACUCGCUUUAAUUCAUCAACUUGUUCUUACCCCACUUCCCCCUUUGAAGACUCCGCCGAUUGUUGGUGAUGGGUAGUGCACAUAGAAGAGGACAACCUGCAGCGAUUUUUAAAAAAAGAAGAAUGUGACUUGUGCACUCUGGUCGCGGAAAUAUCUUGACUGGACAUGUUUCCGAGGAAAAGAAGAGAAUCUGUGGAAACCUACACAAUGGGUGUCCCUAGUUCUCCGUAGCCAGUGAUCGAUUGUGGUAAGCACCCAUGUCUAGCCAUAUAGCUCGACGUCAAAUAACAUAAAACUGUGCCCUUCACAAGAAAGAAAACAGACGGAUACAAUUGGCAAAGUUUAUUGACACUGUAAACCUUUCAGAACAAUGCCAAAAAAAAAAAGAAGAGGAACAAAAAAAGCAGAACACCUUGUUAUACGUACUCGUAUGUACUGGAAGCUUCUUCUGCAAAAGUGACUGAUCAAAGUAUUAUAUACAUUUAUGAUGCAUCGCUGUUAAAAAGUGUAUCAGUGUCUUCCACGUUCACAGCUUGUCAGAACAUGUUCAGAAAGCACCAAAUCAAGGUUGCACCCAAAUUAUGCAUCUGCUUUGGAUGCUCGGUGAAGAAUGAAAGCCACUUAUUGUUACUAAUGUUGUUCACUAUGUUGUCAUUGCCAGGUGUUGUGCCAAACUUUCUUACUUUGAUUUUCACCUCAACAGCUGGAGAAGGCAGUUACCGACAAAACUUAUAAAGUCUUCUUGCAUCAAGAAAUUGAAUGUCUGCAUUUAGCAAUCUUAUGAAUUAGGGAUGCAAGUCUCCCCACAGUGAAAUAAAAUGCAGAGUCCUCUAAUGGCUCUAAUUAGCAACACUAAGGAUGCAGGCACUUGUAGCAUUCGUUUCCUCACUUGUCCUGCUUGUGCAGAAAAUAUAAGAUCAAUAAACAAAGAAACAGAGCCUCUGUCGGAUAGAAAUGCGGCUGAUUUCAAAUCUUAAAAUGCAUCUUUUGACAACCCUUGCUCUUACACUUUUGUGUGGUCCUUAUGAAAAUGACAUCACAAACCUAAACUUGUGCCGACACAUACAGAAGACGCCGAAUGUGUUCACAUUUUUCGCAUGUAUAGCGUCGAAGCCUCUUCGUGUCCGUGUAUCUUUAGAAAACAGAUAAAAGGGGCUUUGCUCGUUUUCUGUUCAAUUUUUUUGUCGCAGCAUCCACUGGUGCGUGGAGUGCUAUCAGAGGUUCCAAUGAAGUUCUGCUACUCUGUCACACGGCCAAUGUACCUGUAGUUGUGGCAGAAUGAAAGAUUCUGCACAGCAUCUACUCGCUGACGUCUAGCAAACAUACUAACACAAUCGAACCUUGUUAUAUCAAAGUCAUGUCUGACACGAAUAUACCUUCGUUAUAUUGAAUAUUUGUUAUAAGGUUAUAUUUGUCACAUACUAUCAAAGAGAAAUACUUUAGAUUAACUUCGUUAUAUUCAAUAAUUAGUCACAUCCGUCUUUUUUAUAUCAAGGUUUAUUUGUUUUAUCUCAUUCUAGUGGAUCAAAGAAGGUGGAACAUCUGCGGAAGGCCAGAUAAAGUAUUAGACUUAGCUCAAAUGCGCCUUAAUUUCCUGCCACCUGCUCAUAAACAGUACCUUAAAGGUCACCAGUAGCUGAUCAGACAUGCCUACAAGAGCAAAAUUUAUGCUGGAAGAGGAGUGAUGGCAACAGGACAUUUUUUUUCCACAAUGGAAAAUGGCGUGCAUGCCCUUGCUCCAGUAGCAUUUCGUGCUAUUAGGCUCUGAAGCAGAUGCUCAUCAGAUGUUGGUACUGAAGCGAGCAAGCUGCAAACAACGCCGUGUGGCAGAAAAGCACAUAAACACCAUAGCUGCGGCCAUGAUAGCAAGUUCCUUUCACAUCCCAGAUGUUGCUGUACAGAUGAAAAAAAAAGGCGAUGCUCGUCUGCAAGUGUAUAGAUGUAUGUAGAGACAACCUGUAAUAAAUAAUCGCGCGCGCACACACAAACAAGCAUGAGGACUCGUGUCUGUAGAAAUCCUAACGCAACUUGAGAUGUACUGCAUACCCCUUGUGUUCGAUGCCCCACCGCCCCUGUUCACCUGUGAUAACGAUUCUCAGGGCCGUGGAGACACGGCGUAAAUAAAAUAGUUAUU